ACUAUUAUAUAUCCAAUACAUAAACUGUGUUCAUAAUCUUGAUGUUUGUGUCUUGUUUAUCAAACAUCUAAGAAUGGCUACUUUUGCUACUCUCCACGGCUUGCACAACCCUUUUCCUCGAUCUCAAUUCCUAGGCCAAGAACACCCUCUCAGACCACCACCAAAAGCUCCACCAACUCAUGAGAUGCUAAAGCCACAAGCCAAGUUCAACAUAUUUGAAAUGAUGGGAGGGAGAGGACUGUGCAAUGGAGAAAAGGGUAUUCAGCAAGAGCUCAAAAGACAACCUAUUGUUGUUGACCAGCCUCCACCAUCAGCAUCAAGUGGAAAAGAAGAAGAAGAAGAUGAUGAUGAAAAUGGUGAUGAAGGUGGUGAGGUUCCAGAAGAUGGUUUUGAGAAAGAAAUGAUGGGACUUACUGGGGGGUUCCCUGGAGGUGAGAAAGGGUUGAAAAAAUUCAUUGAGAAAGAACUCUCCUCCAAAACCAGAUAAUGUUUUCACCAUCUCAUUCUGAGACGAAUCAAAAGAAAUGUCCACUUACAUUUGAUGAAUUCUUUUGACAUUUCAUAGGUUUGCCAUCUUUUCUUCUUCUAUAAUCUUCUUAAGAUGAGUUAAGAAACUCGGAUUUUUGUACUCAGUUUAAACUGUUCACUUUUCAAUUCAGCAGAGUUGAAAAUUUAGUGCAUCCAAGUUCAAAUUUUUCUCUUUAUUGUGGUUGUUUUGUUUUUCAGUGAUGUUAUGGUUGUUCAUCAUAGGAGCUUUUUCUUCUUCCUUACCAUAGAGUGAAGUUUUAAGUAGAUUCUCUAUUUUUUUCCUCAGAAGAACAUUCAUUUUGGUCAAUAUAUCAGCAAAACAUAUAAUCAAA